UGGUCAGAUAAGAAGUUUGAGUGGUUUUCUACAUGUUGAUCUUAAAUCUUCAUGUUUCAUGUUGGGCUGUUUUCACCUGUGGUGAAUAUGAGUCUCUGUGAUCGGGAGGUUUCUGGCUCCACACAAUGAUUAACACAUUAACCUCCACACGAACACGACUAGUAAAAUGAAGAGAUAAAGUAAAACAAUAGAACCAUUCAGACCAGAGAGACGAGCCAACAGAAACAGUCAAAUGAGGGGGCGGGUCACCUCGAGCUGCACGCCACCUGAGCAGGGUUCACAUCCUGGGUUCACAUCCCGGGCUCAGAUGUGAGAGGAUGGAGCUGCAGGAGCAGGGAGGCCGGAAGGAGCUGGUGCUGCUGUGGUUCUCUCAGACGCAGGCUCAGCUCAUCCUCCACCACGGAAACCUCCCCGACUGGUUUCAAGGCUUCGCUGCCAGAAGGGAAGCAGAGGAUCUCCUGAGAGAGAAACCUCUGGGCUGUUUCCUCGUCCGCCUCAGUGAAAAGGCCGUGGGCUACAUCUUGUCCUACAGGGGCCACGACAGGUGCCGCCAUUUUGUCAUCGUCCAGGAUCCCCAUGGGCAGUUUGUCCUAUCAGGAGACUGUCAGACGUUUCAGCGCCUGACGGAGCUGAUAGAACAUUACAGGCUCCGCCCCAUCCAGCCGUUUGGAGAACAUCUGACCUGCAGCUGCAACCAGGAAGAGGAACUGUACGAUGUGGUGAACUACAAGACCAAAGAGAAGACGUCUGGGCUGAGCGUCCAGGCUCUGCGGAUCCUCUGGGACCAGAAGAGUCCCCGUCUCAGCGCCACCAACAGGAAGCAGAGGGCACAGCAGCAACAUGAGCCUGUCACAGUGCAGCCACCGGACCUUCCAACCAAAUCCAAGAGCAGACAUCUGAAAGGGACAGUGUCCGACACCACGUCCCUCUCCCAGGUUGCCCCCCCACUACCAAGGAGAGGCUUUCCUCCGGGCUUCUCUCUGAGCGGAUCUCUACCUGAAACCACGUCACAUGAGAGUGAAGCCCAGAGCAGCUCCACCAGAAAGGAGGCACUGGGAGGAGACUCCACCACAGACUCAUUCAACACAACCUCUCCAGCAGGGAACACAUCUUCUGAGCUGACACAGACCGAGAGCAGGAGCCAGGUUCUACCACAGCUGGAGAGCAGCAGUGAGCAGGAGGAGGAGACAGAGGAGGAGGAGGAAGAGGUAGAGGAGAAGGAGGAGACAGAGGAAGAGGAGGAGGAGGUAGAGGAGGAGUUAAAGGACGAGGUAGAGGAGCAGAAGGAGGUAGAGGAGGGAGAGUACUCUAACCACCUCACAUCCACAUUAUCUUAUUCAUCCACUCCUGUGAAGAAGGUCAGCUGCCCCACCUACUUCCUCCACAGCUCCUCCAGGCCCCGCCCCUUGCACCAGGCGUCCGAGGGACAGACAGACGUCCUGUACGCUCAGGUCGCUGAGAGGCCGACCUCCAGCGGUCCACCCGAUGACACCUACGAGCAGAUCCCCAGGGAGGCCGGCCCUCCGUCCACCGUCCAGAGCAACACCUACGAGUCUCUGGAGGACAUGAAGACCAAGAAGUCCAAAAGCUCCUGGGGGAAAAACAACAUGAAAUGGAAGAAAUUCUUCCCUGAAUACAAGAAGAAAUAAAUGUGAAUCUGUUUGUUGUACAUUUGUAGAAACAAGACACAAAUUGAAAGAGUUUUACAAACAGUUCUAAUAAACCAAGUUUUAAAGUGAAAUUCAGAUGUUUAAGAACAAUAAAGAUUCAGUUUAAAUUCAGCCUCAGUUUUUAUUCAUGGUCGUUUUGUGUUGUGAACUAAAGAUUUGAAACAAACUGCUCAAAACUUAUUUUUACUACUAUUAAUUAAUUUGAACUUUGCUUUUUAUCAUUAACAUUGUUUUUACCACUUUUUAUCAAAAGGUUUCAUUGAUUUAAAACCUUUAUAGUCUUAAUUUGUUCUGUUGAUAAACAUCUCUUC